GCGCUAACCCCGCACGCUACCCUCUCUGCCUCCGACCGUCGCGUUCGCUCGAACCGACGCUCACAAGCACUCACUCGCUUCCCACACGCGUUCGCUUCACACCGAACGUCGCGUCGCCGCUCGCGACCGCUGAUCCGUCGGUGAAAACAAAAACACCGCUUCGACGUCUUUUUGACGCGUCGACGUUCGGCCGCAUCUCCCGCCGACGACCCCGCUUGCACUUGCUCUUCGAGCCCCGCUGAGUACAGCCCGUUCAACGAAGUAUCAUGGAUAUCAUCCCUGGCGACAGUAGUACCCCUAGCGACAAUAUAUACACGCGCGUCUACGAACCCGCGCUCGAGGACAUCGAAGCCGACCUCCGUCCGUGGGGCCGAGAAGAAGUAAAGUACAUCGCCGGCAUCGAAGACCGCCUUCGAAAGCCUUCCUGACAACCGCCAAGGCGCAUCUGGAAAAAGACACUUUAGAUAAAAACGCGUGAAAUCCGCGUGGCGCGUCGGAACGCGAUGACCGUCUCCGACGCGAACGACGCCGUCGCACCCGGCGUCGCCGCCGCCGACGCGAUUCUCCCGUGCCCCCACUUCGAGGGCGUCGAGAAGAGAAUCGAAAUCGACUUUCACGAGGGUUCGUCGCAGCGCGAUUUGCGCUCCCUUCCCCGCGAAGUCCUCGACGACGCGAUGACCGCGUCCGAGUGCCUCAUCGUGUCGCACGAGCGCGCGGAGGCGUUCGACGCCUACGUGUUAAGCGAGUCGUCCCUCUUCGUCUUUCCCACGAAGUUCGUCCUCAAGACGUGCGGCACCACCAAGCUCCUCAACGCGAUCCCGCUCGUGCUCGAACACGCGGCGGCGAUCGGGAUGAAGCCCAGACGGUGCAAAUACACUCGAUCGACGUUUCUGUUCCCGGACGAGCAGCCCAUGGGGGGAAACUUCGACGAGGAGACCAAGGUGCUGGAGAGCUACUUCGGCGGACUCGGGCCGGACGGAGGGAACAGUUUCGUCCUCGGCAGCAAGCUGCGCGGCGUGCAGUGGCACGUGUACCUCGCGGACGACAACGGCGCGGGAAACGCCGCGAAGAAGCCGCGGCAGCAGCCGAGAUCUCAUCGGUCUCUGUCCCUGUCCCGCGGGGAGGGACGCCGCGUCUCGGACGACGACGACGUCUCGGAGGAUUCCAACGACUCGGCGGCGACGGGCGACGACGCGGCGGACGCGCUCUCCCUCGAAGGUUCGACCGACCGUCGUCUCUUCGAGCCGACCGUCUCGCUCGAGGUGUGCAUGACGCACCUCGACGUCACGCACGCGAAGCACUUCUUCCGCACGGAGUCGUUCGUGUCGUCGCGCGCGACGACGGAGGAGAGCGGCAUCGCGGCGUUGUUUCCGGACAUGACGAUCGACGACUACGUCUUCGAGCCGUGCGGGUACAGCAUGAACGGCGUCGACCGCGCGAUCAACGGGAAGGAGUUCUCCACGAUCCACAUCACCCCGGAGGAUGGGUUCUCGUACUGCUCGGUGGAACACUCGAAUUUAUCGCUGUCGAGGGCGGACCCCGAGGCGUACGUCCGAGGCAUCGCCGCGCGUUUCAAGCCCGGGAAGUUUUCCCUCGCCGUCUCCACCGACGCGCCGCCGGCGACGGCGGCGGAGAUGCGUCGCGUGCCGACGCUGCCGGGGUACCGAAGAGUCCAGGCGUCGCAUCAGGAGAUCGACGCCAGCGGCGGCGCGGUGUCGUUCUACACGUUCGUCCGCCUCCCCGAGGAGAAUUUCACGAUGGCGAUCGACGACGUCGUCGCGACGGCGAAGGCUGCCGUCGCCGCCGCGCAGAUCGCGACGCUCGAAGAAAACUUUGAGCUCUCCCCCGCGGCGUCGGACGACGACGAGAAGCCGUCGUCGUACGACACGGACGAGGACGCGCCGGACCGCAAGAAGCUCAGGUUGGACGCGCGAUGCGACUCGCCGCACGCGGGCUGCGUCUCCGCGCUCAGCGCCGGCACGGUGGCCGGCUUGGAGAUGAACCUCUCUCUGCCGAGCGUUAACGACCUCGGCGCGAUGGCGACGGCGACGGCGACGACCGCGCACGCGCACCACUCCGUGAUGAAGGCAUCUCCUGGCGACGCGAAAGGGAUCGCGACGCUGCGCGCGUCGCUUCCCACGCCGCGCCCCCUCGCGUGCGCGCAAAAGCACGAAGACGCGCUCGUCGUCAAGGCGCUCGUCGAGUCGCACGCCAAGUCCCUCCCCGGCGGCGGCGCGCGAUCCAUCGACAACUGCGUCCUCGACGUCAUCGAGUCCGGCCUCGCGCAGCGCGCGCAGGAGCGCCUCGAGCGAUUCCUCGUCGUCGACCUGGGCGUCGUGACGCGCCGGUGGCACUACUGGCGCGCGACGCUCCCGCGCGUCCAGCCGCACUACGCGGUGAAGUGUAACAUGGACACGCGCGUGCUCGCGACGCUCGCCGCGCUCGGGUCGUCGUUCGACUGCGCGAGCCCGACGGAGGUGGACGCGGUGAUCUCCCUCGGCGUGUCCCCCGACCGGAUCAUAUACGCGAACCCGUGCAAGCUGCCGCGGCACCUCGCCGCGGUGGCGGGCAGCGGCGUGUCGCUGACGACGUUUGACUCGGUGGGCGAGCUGGAGAAAAUUUCCGCGCUCGCGCCGGAGAUGAAGGUUCUCCUGCGUCUCCGCGCCGACGACCCGGACGCGCGGUGCGUGCUCGGGAACAAGUACGGCGCGGAGCCCGCGGAGGUUAAGGUGCUUCUCGAGGCGGCGAAGAGGCUCGGCGUCAACGUGAACGGCGUGUCGUUCCACGUCGGCUCGGGCGCGACGAACCCGCUGGCGUUUCGCGAGGCGCUCGAGUUCGCGCGCGUCGCGUUCGACGCCGCGAAGGAGCUCGGGUUGCCUCCGAUGGAGGUGCUCGACAUCGGCGGCGGGUUCAGCGGCAGCAUCAAGGCGGACGACGCGUCGAACGACGACGACGUCACGCUCGCGGCCGUCGCCGGCGAGGUGAACAAAUCCCUCGAGCGCCUCUUCCCGGAGGCUGAGGGCGUCCGCGUCAUCUCCGAGCCCGGGCGGUACUUCGCCGAGGCGUGCGUCACGCUCGCGUGCAUGAUCUUCUCGCGGAGGAUCCGAAGCACCGAGGACGGGUCGCUCGCGCCCGGCGAGGACUCGCACCAGUACUUCGUGUCGGACGGGCUGUACGGCAUGAUGAACUCGAUCAUGUACGACCACGCGACGGUGAACUCGCGCCUCCUUCCGGUGGCGACGAACGCCGCCGCGCUCGCCGCGGGGAACGUCGACGCCGUCAUCCCCGCCAACGUCUACGCCGGCGACGACGCCGUCGUCGGGAACUCGCGAGCGAAGACGUACCCGUCCACGGUGUUUGGACCGACGUGCGACGGCCUGGACAAGAUUCACGAGCAGACGGCGAUGCCGGAGCUCACCGUCGGGGAUUGGCUGGUGUUUCCGCACAUGGGCGCGUACACGGUGAGCGCGGGGAGCAACUUCAACGGGUUUUCGUGCGCGGACGUGAAGAAGUUUUACGUGUGCUCGCCUUCGGACGCGGACCCGGAGCCCGUCGUCAGGUGAGGAAGAAAUUAAGAAGAAUGAAGAAAAAGAAGGAUAUGAAGAAGAAGAAGAAGAGACGACCGACGUCUCUGUGCCGCGGCGCGUCUGCCCGUUCUCCGAACGACGAAGAACGACGCGUCGCCUUGUCUGUUGAGAUGUAGAAGAGUCGGGCCGGGCGCGACUCCGCCGAUUCCGUUCCGUCGCGUAGCACACGCGAGCGCUGCCGCUGCUUUAGUUAGAAGAAGAUAGCCGCGCGGCUCAGCGAGCGUGACGACGCGAACGGUGGACGGAGGGCCCCUCCCGCUUUGUUAUGUUGAGAGAAGAUGUAUGAGUG